AUGAAGGGUCACAACGCAUUGAUCCGGCCGAUGCGUGGCUUCCGCAUCGCGCAGCCAUCGUACAUUUGCCGGCAAUGCAGAGCGAUUCAAAUCAGCGCCGCCCCGAGCACGGAAGCUCCGAGGGGCAGCCUCGGAGCUGGAGGGGGUGUGUUUGGCACGCCAAUAGAUCCCUCGCGCGACAUGGCUGACGCACGAUUCGAAGUCCUCGGCUCGCCAUAUUCAUUGCUCUCGGUGACGCUAUCGCCCUCACAACGCCUCUACACGAGACGAGGCACUCUCGUUGCGCUCGCUGGCAACCCCGAAGACGCUCAAUCGACCCUCUCCAUUCUCAACCCUCUGACCCGCGCCCCGCUGGGUGUUCCGUUUCUCUACCAGCGCAUAUCCGCCGCGUCGCCCGUCACGGCGCUCCUCUCGACCAAGUCUCCGACGACGACCUUUUCCGUUAUCCACCUCGACGGCACGACCGACUGGCUGGUGGCGCAGCGCAACGCGCUGCUCGCGUGGACCGGCCACACGCUGGCGCCGUCGCCGCGCAUGCAGACCAGCCUGGGCGUCUCCCACUGGGGCGCCACGCUGCUCACCGGCCGCGGCCUCGCCGCCGUGUCGGCGCCCGGCCAGGUCUACCAGCUCACGCUGGCCGCGGACGAGGCGUUUGUCGCGCACCCGGGCAGCGUCGUCGCGUACUCGGUGUCGCGCCACGCGCCGCGCCCGUUUCGCUUCAAGAGCGGCGCAGGUCUCCGCCUGCAGGUGCCGUCGGUGGCCCGGUUCCUGCCGGAAAUGGCGUGGCUCAAGACAGUCCGCGACUCGGCCGUGUACAGGUUUGUGGCGCGCGCGCUGUUUGGGCUGCGCACCAUGGCGAGGAGGACGAUAUGGGGCGACCGGCUGUUUCUGCAAUUUCGGGGCCCGACGACGAUUCUCAUGUCGAGCCGCGGCGUCCGCAUGGCCGACGUGCUGUCGAGCCAAGAGGUGAAUGAGAUUGCGGACGCGCCGGCGGGUGUGGUGCAGGACGCGCUGGAGCCGGCGGCGGCUAAGACGGCCAAAGUGGACGAGCCUGUGAUCAAGGUGGCCGAGAUUAAGCAGGAUGGCAAAGUUACGUUUGAGGACGGCAAGGACCUCAAGGAGUUUGUUCGAUGA